UGCAGGAAAAACUAGAGAUAGUUAAGAAGAAUUGUGACGUUUUGAAGAAGCAAUUGGUGCCUAGAGGACGUCGGAUUCAAUUUGGAUGCUUGUAAUCAAACUGUGGUGGCCAGCGCUGGAAUCAUAUGAUUAACAAUGGAAAUAGAUAAAGGACACACCAGACCCUGCUUUGCAGACCCAGUUUUACAGUGGAGUCAAUGGCAGUUACUUGAUUCUCUUCUACCUACUGGUGGAUUUGCUCAUUCGUUUGGCCUUGAAGCAGCAGUUCAGACCCACUUAGUGUCUGAUUCCAAUGAUCUUAAGACAUUUAUCAUCCAUAUAUUGGAGAAUACAGGAAGCUUACUGCUUCCUUUUGUGUACUCAGCUUGCAUUUUGCCCAAUUUGGAAAACUGGCAUAAGCUUGACAAAAUAUUGGAUGCUACCCUAACUAAUGAAAUGGGUCGGAAGGCAUCAAUCUCGCAAGGAUCUGCACUAAUGAGGGUGGCUUCAGCUGUAUUUUCUGAGGUUCCAUCCCUCAAAACCUUUAGAGAUGCUUCUCUGGGUUUAGGUACUGUGUCGUUUCACCAUGCUCCUGUCUUUGGACUUGUAUGUGGAACACUAGGAUUUGAUAGUACUAGUUCUCAGAGAGCUUACAUGUUCAUCACAAUUAGAGAUGUGAUUUCUGCCGCCACUCGGCUAAAUUUGAUAGGACCCCUUGGUGCAGCACUGUUGCAGCAUCAGGUUGCUUCUAUUGCGGAAGUUAUAUUAGAAAAAUGGAUGAAUCGUGCCGCUGAGGAAGCAUGCCAAACUAUGCCUCUGCUAGAUACUGUGCAAGGUUGCCAUGNUGGAGAAACAAAUCCCUUGUUGUAA